UGCAGUCACUUGUUUGUCUUUAAAGCUUUUACUCUGAAAAGGGAAGGACAGGAAGUGGUGAUUUUGAAAAGCGGAAAUCGGCUUGUUUACAUCAUCAUUCCUGCUCCGUAGCGAAGCUACGAGUUAGCAGGCUAACAGGCGCCAGGUGGAUGUUUCCCCGCUCAGUUUUAUCUGUUCCUGGCAGGUUCCUCCACUGGGCUCAGUCCACACGGUUACACGGUUCAGGUGACGCCGUCCCGGUGGGCGUUCUUCCCCGGUCCAGACUGCCUCCCCUGCCCGGUGGUCAGCGGUGCAGGAGCAGACACAUGCCCAGAAAAGACAAGGCGGUGAGUUGUUGGAGCUCCUCGCAUGAGCAGCAGGUGAAAGGACAUCCGGCCGGCGGUGCAGCUGCAGAGCCAGCAGCUUCCUGUCCAGUGUCCCGAGACAAAAGUGGUGCUGUUACCAUAAUGGUGCACGCGAAGCCGGGAUCCAAACACAGCAGCAUAACGGAGGUUUGUGCAGAGGCGGUGGGAGUCGCCAUCGCAGCACCUCCAGCAGACGGAGAAGCCAACACUGAGCUCAUUCGCUACCUGGCUGAAGUUCUGGAGCUGAAGAAAAGUCACAUAUCUCUUGACAAGGGCUGCAGGUCCAGAGACAAAGUCAUCAGACUGGACUCCUGUCUCAGUCCAGAGGAAGUGCUGAGGAGGCUCAGACAGGCUGCAGGCUGACAGGAUGGAGGAGGUUCUUAUCCCACUCGUGUCACGGAUUAAAAUCACUGCAAAACAGUGUGAGGAGCUGAAAAGAUGGGAACUGCAUGAUUAAUUAUAUGACAAAUUCUGGGACAUUUUAUCGUGAUGGAACAUGUGACUGAAGGUCUGUGAUUUGGCUGUUAAUGAAAUGAAAAGUUAUUGUUAUCUGUAUGAAUAAAUUAGCUGCCUGAAACUGUUUGCCACACACACACUGAUGGACCACAGCUGAACCAGUAUGACUACUGGGACCCCUGGAAACAUCGCCAUGGAAACAGACUGGUGAGCAGGAUGUGUUUCCCUGACGGAUGUAGACUGGACGUGACGUUAACAUGCUGGGACGUUUCAUGGUGGAGGGUAUUUUUAUUUGUUUAAAUGAUGUGUGGCUCUAAAUAAACUGACUAUGAUUCUGUA